AGAGCGAGCAUCAUCAGAAUUUAUAUAGUCUUACUUGUAGUAGGUAGUACUUUUGAUAAGCAUAUAACUAGUGAACUAUUUUUAAUUUACCUAGUCGUUGUGCUCGAUAGAUUCGCAAAAUUGUCUCUCUGAUUUUCGCCUGCAUUCCAAUCAACUUUUUUUGCCAUUUCACGUCAACAUGCUCCGUAAGAUUGUCUGCACGCCACUACUCCAAACUGCCAAAAAAUCCUUCUCGACGACUGUAGCUUCCAAAAAUAUUAACUUUGAAUUAAAUGAUACUCAGAAAAAUUUCCAAGAGCUUGCUACGAAAUUUACAAGAGACGAAAUCAUCCCAGUGGCUGCAGAAUAUGACCGAACUGGAAAUUACCCUUGGGAAAUUGUUAAGAAAGCUUGGGAACUAGGUCUUUUAAAUCACCAUAUACCUCAGAGCAUUGGUGGACUGGGAUUGAAUCUUUUUGAUGGUUGUAUUGUUAGCGAAGCUAUUGCUUACGGAUGUACAGGUAUCAAAACUGCGUUGGAGGCAUCUGGACUAGCGCAAACACCGGUUAUUUUGGCUGGAAACAAGGAGCAACAGAAAAAGUACCUUGGCAGGUUACUCGAAGAACCUAUCGUCGCUGCAUACUGCGUGACAGAACCAGGUGCGGGAUCGGAUGUUGCCGGUGUCAAAACCAAGGCCGAAAAAAAAGGCAAGGAAUGGAUACUCAAUGGCACCAAAAUGUGGAUCACUAAUGGAGGCGUUGCAAGUUGGUACUUUGUCUUAGCUAGAACAAAUCCUGACCCAAAAGCUCCAGCCAGUAAAGCUUUUACAGCAUUUAUUGUUGAACGGGAGUGGGAAGGGGUGCAGCCUGGGCGCAAGGAAAUAAACAUGGGUCAAAGAGCUUCCGAUACUCGUAUGGUAACAUUCGAAGACGUCAGAAUCCCAGAAGAAAAUGUAUUAAUUGGAGAAGGGGCUGGAUUUAAAGUCGCUAUGGGAACAUUCGAUAAAACCAGACCUGCGGUCGCUUGUGGAGCUGUUGGCUUAGCCCAAAGAGCCUUGGACGAAGCAACCAAGUACGCUUUGGAGCGCAAAACGUUCAACAAGCCGAUUGCCGAGCACCAAGCAGUAGCUUUCAUGCUGGCGGACAUGGCGAUUAGCAUCGAGACGGCGAGACUUGCGUGGAUGAAAGCUGCCUGGGCUCUCGACAACAACGACCCAGCUGGAUCCAUGUUGGCCAGCAUUGCAAAGUGUUACGCUGCAGAUAUUGCGAAUAAAUGUGCCACCGAUGCGGUUCAGAUAUUUGGUGGGGCUGGCUUUAAUUCCGAAUAUCCAGUAGAAAAAUUAAUGAGGGAUGCCAAAAUCUACCAAAUUUAUGAAGGAACAGCGCAAAUUCAAAGAUUGAUAAUUUCCAGACACAUUCUCUCCAAGUUCAAGCAAGCAGAAAAAUAAAUGUCUCUAAUUCCGAUGAACACGAUAUUAUGAACUUUAGAGUUAUUAUAUGUAGUAACGACAGUGCUCAAAUAUCUAUUUUUUAAUACGAGAAGUUCGUUAAUAUAAACAUUUUGUAUAUUUUUUUUUUAAUGCCACACAUUUUUGAUAUACAAAUUUUAAAGAUAUCUUGUUUACAAAUAUCUUACAAUGUUGGAGGAAUUUUAUAACUAUUUUAUAAUGUUAAUGUUAAAAAACCGAUUGUUUAAUAUUUUGUAACAGAAUAAAUAAA